GAACGGCAGGAGCAGGAGCUGACCAUGGGAAAGCAGCUAAUGCAGCAGAGGGAGCAGAUGGAGCAUCAGCUGGCGCAGCAGAGAGAGCAGAUGGAGAAGCAGCUGGCGCAGCAGAGAGAGCAGAUGGAGGAGCAGCUAGCGCAGCAGAAGGAACAGAUGGAGAAGCAGCUGGCGCAGCAGAGAGCAGAGUCUCGUGAGCAGAAGGUUUUG